AUGAGCGCAUGGUCUCGUGCGAUUAGAUCUCUGAAAAUGAAGUUGCUCUACCCCACCUCACUGAAGCUUGAUACCCAGAGUCUUGAAGGGUUUUCUGUUGCGCUCCACCCAUACGAUGUCAAGAAGCCGUUGCCCGAGGAGCUUAUCGACGCAGAGAUUUUGGUUACGUGGACAAACACCGCAGAUAACCUCAAGGAUGCUGCCAGUCGUAUGAAGAAUCUUCGAUGGAUCCAGUCGCUCGCUGCCGGCCCGAAUGAUGUUAUCAAUGCCGGAUUCGAUACAUCCAAGAUACCUCUCACCACCGGAUCCGGUCUACAUGAUCACACAGUCGCAGAGCACAGUCUUGGCCUUCUCCUCAAUGCUGCCCGUCGCUUCUAUGAAAUGCGCGACUAUCAACUGCAGAACAAGUGGCCUGCUCACCUAGGUGGACCACAACCGGAUCGUCCAGCAGGAGCGUUCACAACUCUUCGCGACGCAAAGGUGCUCAUAUGGGGCUUUGGCAACAUUGCGAAGGCCCUUACCCCUCACCUAGUCGGUCUAGGUGCUAAGGUGCAAGGCGUUGCCCGGCAUUCUGGGGUCCGCAACGGCAUCGAGGUGUUCAGCGAGGACAAACUUCCCGAGCUGCUACCACAGACUGACGCACUGGUGAUGAUCCUUCCUGGGUCCGACUCAACCCGCAACGCACUCAACACAGAGCGGCUGAAGCUUUUACCGAAACACGCGUGGGUCAUCAACGUCGGACGUGGCACGUCCAUCGAUGAAGAUGCUUUGGCCGACGCUCUAGAGGCUGGAGAAAUUGGUGGUGCGGCUCUCGAUGUGUUUGUUACGGAACCACUUCCUGAGUCGAGUCGGCUAUGGAAAGCGCCAAACUUAGUUCUCUCUCCGCAUGCGGCUGGUGGCAGACCACAAGGGGCUGAAGGCCUGAUUGCUGAUAAUCUGAGGAGGUUUUUGGCGGGUCAAGAUCUCAAGAAUGUCAUAUAA